AUGGAAUCCGCGCUGCGAGAACGCGAGCGAUUGGAGUAUUGCUUGAAGUAUCGCGGUUUACGUCCGAGCGACGACGACGCGAGCGCUCUGAGCGCGCUCACGAUACUAACGUGCGAGCAAACGCGAGGGAUGAACGUGUCGAGCGUGAAGUUAAAUCCGGUAUGGGGAGACCUAGUGUGCGUCGCGUACGGCGAGUUUAGUUUUGCGGGGGCGAAUCGGGAAACGCGUGAAAAGGGCGCGCUGGCUUUUUGGUCGAUUAGAUCGGAAGCACCCCUGUGCGUCUUACGACUCGAAAGUGGUGUGAUGUCCAUAGAUUGGUCGCGUCGCGAUCCGAACUUACUCGCCGUGGGGUGUUACGACGGUGAAGUAUUCGUUUACGACGUUGGAGAAUUUGUGUCGCGCGAUGGCUCGGCGACGACGAGCGAUUCGACGACGAUGACGACGACGACUCGACGUGGUCAAAUCACGUCGAGCGAGCAAAGACACAGCGAUCCGGUGUGGGCGGUCACGUGGGUUGCGGUGAAAGCAACCGAUGGAUUCGAAGACGAAGAGAAUGUGGAUACGGUAACCGCUCUGGUCUCGGCGUCGACGGAUGGCAAAGUUAUGCGAUGGGAUUUGCGCGAUGGCUUGUACGGGACGGAGGUGCUCGCCGUGCGGUGGUCGCCGCCGGGUGUCGAGAACGAUGGAGCCGUGAGCUCGAAGGCGAGUGAGACGCGCGGGGGGGAUCUUGUUCAGCACAGCGGGGUGAUGUGUCUGGACUUUUCGUCGGAUGCAAAGUACUACGUCGUCGGAACGGAGGAAGGGAAAAUCCACAAAUGUUCCUUGUCGUACUCUGAUCAAUACUUGGCCUCGUACGCCUCACACGUCGGUCCUGUGUACGCGAUCAAGUUCAAUCCGUUCCACGAACGCGUUUUCGUGACGUGCUCUGCGGAUUGGACGGUGCGCGUUUUUCUCGAUGAUACUCAAAGAGACGACGACGCAUUUGCGUCCAUCGACGAGGCAUCAUCACGAUUGAAAGCAUCGAGCCUGAUUCAGCCUCGCGUUGUGAUCGAGUACAGCCAACAGCCCAUCAAUGCCGUGGACUGGAGCCCAUGGUGCGCGACAGAAUUCGCACUGGUGACGGACGCCGGGACGAUCGAGAUUUGGGAUUUGGCAUCCUCCUCGGUGGUGCCAAAACAUGAACUUUCAAUCACAGACGAUAAAACAGCCGCGGUGAGCGUGACAUACGCGCAUGACGCGCCAGUCAUUCUCGUCGGUUGCGCAUCAGGAUCGACGCACGUGUUGCGCAUGAAAUGGCGAGACCCUACGGAAGGCAUCGCUGCUAAAGAGACUCAACGCGAGCGCCUUGAAGAGGUUUUAGGCACGUCGAUAAAAUCGUGA